AGAAGGAAGAAAAAAAAAGUGUGAGGUGAUAUUCAAGCCAUAAAAACCACAUUUGUGGCUUUAUAAUCUAAUAGAGCAAAGAAGACAAAUGUAAGCAAGUAAAUAAUUACCCAUUAGGUGAUUACUCUCUCGAGAAGAUGAGACCACUUUAGUUGAGUUUAUCAGAGGAAGCCUGACAGACAAGGAGGACCAGAAGGAACAGGGCUGUGGAGGUUGCCCCAGCAGCUAUAGAGACUGCGUGCAGCUUGAAGAAAUGGCAUGACCAAAGGCAAGGUAGCUGGAGACUGCAAGAGCCACCAGGAGCCUCUUUUGGCCAUGGCAGAUCAAGAAUGACCCAAAAGAACUCAAAGCUUUGUUCCACAGCCAAUGUGUAUUCCCAAGUGCCUGAUGGAGGAUGGGGCUGGGCAGUAGCUGUUUCUUUUUUCUUCAUUGAAGUCUUUACCUAUGGCGUCAUCAAGUCAUUUGGUGUCUUCUUUAAUGAUUUAAUGGACAGUUUUGAUGAAUCCAACAGCAAGAUUUCAUGGAUAAUAUCGAUAUGUGUGUUUGUGUUAACAUUUACAGCUCCGGUCUCCACAGUCCUGAGCAACCGCUUUGGACAUCGGCUGGUGGUGAUGGCAGGAGGGCUGCUUAUCAGCACAGGAAUGGCUGCUGCCUCCUUCUCCCAGAGGGUCUACCACAUGUACAUCUGCAUAGGGGUCAUCUCAGGUUUGGGGUACUGCUUUAGUUUCCUCCCAACUGUCACCAUUCUGUCACAGUACUUCGACAAAAGGCGCUCAGUAGUCACUGCGGUCGCUUCCACAGGAGAGUGCUUUGCUGUGUUUGCUUUUGCACCAGCCAUCACAGCGCUGAAGGAGCACAUUGGCUGGAGAUACAGCCUCCUCUUCGUGGGUCUGCUGCAGCUGAACAUCAUGGUCUGUGGCGCCUUGCUAAAACCAAUUAUUAUCAAAGGGCCAGGGUCACCGAAAACAAUCACUCACGAACCCCGGAGAGAAGUGCAAUAUAUGCUUGAAAACGAGAAAACGCGAACCUCACUAGACUCCAUCGACUCAGGAGUAGAACUACCUACCUCACCAAAAAAUGUGCCUAGUCAAGCUAACACAGAGCAGGAAGCCAGGGCUGAACAGCAGCAGACCCUGGUGGCUGGCCCCAAGAAUGGCCAGAAGAAAGCCCCGCUGUUAGACUUCUCGGUCUUGAAAGAGAAAAGCUUCAUCUGUUAUGCGUUGUUUGGCCUCUUCGCCACACUGGGCUUCUUUGCACCUUCCCUGUACAUCAUCCCUUUGGGUAUCAGUCUGGGCAUCGACCCUGACCGCGCUGCUUUCUUACUGUCUACUAUGGCCAUUGCUGAAGUGUUCGGAAGGAUCGGGGCUGGGUUUGUCCUCAACAAAGAACCCAUUCGCAAGAUCUACAUCGAACUCAUAUGUGUCAUUCUACUGGCAGUGUCUCUCUUCGCCUUCACUUUUGCUACUGAGUUCUGGGGUCUCAUGUUGUGUAGUGUGUUUUUUGGCGUUAUGGUUGGGACCAUAGGAGGGACCCACAUUCCACUGUUGGCUGAGGACGACGUGGUCGGAAUCGAGAAGAUGUCAUCUGCAGCUGGAGUCUACGUCUUCAUUCAGAGCAUCUCAGGGCUGGCAGGACCACCCCUGGCAGGCCUCCUGGUUGACCAGAGCAAGAUCUACAGCAGGGCCUUCUACUCCUGUGCCGCAGGCAUGUCUGUAGCUGCUGUGUGCCUCGCUCUGGUGAGACCCUGUAAAAAGGGCCUGUGCCAGCAUCCUCAUUCAGGGGAAAACCAGACAGGCAACCAUAACAGGAAGGCAUUGCAGGACAUACCUGAAGACUUUCUGGAAAUGGAUCUCGGGAAAUGUGAGCACAGGGCUCAUAUGCAAAUGGAUCCAGUGUGAUGCGUUUACUGUCAUAGCUUCUAGUUGCCUGGGAAAGGAGCCCUUGGGGAUACAGGGAGGGGGCAGGCCCCAACCAGGAGAGCCCACCUUCAAACUGCAUAAAGGGCGUGCAUGUGUGAACAGCGGUACCAACAUCUGUCUCCCUCCUUCAAGUCCCUUUGCUUGUUCUUUAAGCCAAAACCAAAACAACCAAACACUUUUCCAUACAGGAAUCCAGCCCUAUUCAGUAGCAAUACAAAGAUACUCGGAAGGACGCUGGCUCACAUCCCAGUGCUAAAACAAUGCCAUGGAUUGAGCAAACUGGUGUUAAAAGCAUUCACAUGGUAAACUACUAUUUUAUAAAGUGACAUCCAGCCCAAGUCAUGGAAAUGAAUUGGCCAUUCCAAAAAGAAAGAACACUUCUUGAAUCAUUUAAAAAA